CAACAUAACAUGUCUUAAAACCCUCGCAUUAAAUAUUCUUAAAAAUGGCUCUUCUGAAACUAUUGCAAGCGGUGUUAAAGUUCCUGAACUAGAUCCGUGUUCUAUAUGCAAUAAAGAAAUUUUUUUGCACAUAUUUAAAAAGUCAUUCACUGUAUUAACAUGUGGUUAUACUGUGCACUGUCUUUGUCUUGAGAACCUUAGAGAAACUAUGUUUACAUAUCCUAUCAAUAAUUGUAGUGCAGAAAUCAAAAUCAUUGAAAAGUCACCACUAAUGCGGGCUCCAUCACAAAGAAGUAUGAGCAUAGAUGAAGGAUCACAAGAUCCAUUAAUAUUUGGUAAAAAUUCUUUAGUGAAUCUAGAUACAAUCAUAGAAGAGAACUCUGAAAAUAAUUUACAAAACAAAGUACCUGGCAUACCUGACUUCACUACAA